ACGCGCUGCCGUCGUCGCCUCUGCCUCUCUUUCUCUCACUAGAAUCAUGUCCACCACCAGUCUCCUCCGUUUCUCUCUCUCCCCUCACACCUCUUCUCUCCACCGCCGCCGCAAUGAGCUCCUCCCUCUCCACUACAACCGCCGCGGCGGCUCAGCUGUUGCUCCUCCACACUCGCCGAAAUUGCAAGCGCUUCGCCGCGUUUCCUCGAAGGCCGUCGAGUUCCAGCCGCUCCGGCCGCCGGAGGAGGCAGCUCAGGCGGAGCCUGAUUCCAAUUCCACUUCCACCGUGCUGCUCGAUGUCUCCGGGAUGAUGUGCGGCGCGUGCGCGACUCGCGUGAAGUCGAUCCUCUCCGCCGACGAGCGCGUCGAGUCGGCCGUGGUCAACAUGCUGACCGAGACGGCGGCGAUCAAGCUGAAGGAAGUAGGCGGAGCGGAUUCUUCAGCCGUGGCGGAGGAUCUGGCGGGGAGAGUGUCGGCGAGUGGGUUCGACGCGCGGCGGAGGGUCUCCGGGAUCGGGGUGGAGGCGAAGGUGCGGAAGUGGAGGGAGACGGUGGAGAAGAAGGAGGCGCUGCUCGUGAAGAGCAGGAACCGCGUGGCGUUCGCGUGGACGCUGGUGGCGCUCUGCUGCGGCGCCCACGCGUCGCAUACUCUGCAUUCCGUCGGCAUUCAUGUUGGUCACGGGUCAUUCUUGGAUAUUCUGCACAAUUCUUAUGUCAAAGGUGCCUUGGCUUUGGGUUCUCUGCUGGGACCUGGACGAGAUUUGCUUGUUGAUGGAUUAAAGGCUUUUAGGAAGGGCUCACCCAAUAUGAACUCCCUUGUUGGCUUUGGAUCAAUUGCUGCAUUUGCAAUAAGUGCGGUAUCACUUCUCAACCCCGAACUUCAAUGGAAUGCCGCAUUUUUUGAUGAACCGGUUAUGCUUCUUGGUUUUAUCCUACUGGGGCGUUCGCUUGAAGAAAGGGCCAGACUCAAAGCAUCGAGUGACAUGAAUGAGCUAUUAUCACUUAUAUCAACUAAAUCAAGACUUGUGAUUGCUCCCUCUGGAAGUGAUGUCACAUCAGACAGCGUUCUCUGCUCUGAUGCAAUGUGCAUUGAAGUUCCCACUGAUGAUAUUCGACUUGGUGAUGCAGUCUUGGUCUUGCCUGGAGAAACAAUUCCUGUAGAUGGAAAAGUUCUUGCUGGUCGAAGUGUGGUGGAUGAGUCCAUGCUCACUGGCGAAUCCCUUCCUGUAUUCAAGGAAAAAGGUGUUUCUGUUUCAGCUGGAACAAUUAAUUGGGAUGGUCCUUUAAGGAUAGAAGCCACCUCUACUGGUUCAAACUCCACAAUAUCCAAGAUUGUUAACUUGGUUGAGGAUGCUCAAGGACGUGAAGCACCUAUUCAGAGGCUUGCAGAUUCAAUUGCUGGCCCUUUUGUAUAUAGUGUCAUGACAUUGUCAGCAGCCACAUUUGCUUUUUGGUACUAUAUUGGAACCCAUAUCUUUCCAGAUGUCUUGCUUAAUGACAUAGCUGGGCCUGAUGGAAAUUCACUGUUAUUGAGCAUGAAGCUUGCGGUGGAUGUCCUGGUUGUGUCCUGUCCAUGUGCUUUGGGCCUUGCAACACCAACGGCAAUCUUAGUGGGCACUUCCCUUGGAGCGAAGAAGGGAUUGCUUAUAAGAGGAGGAGAUGUACUUGAACGCUUGGCGGGGAUAGAUUACAUCACCUUGGACAAAACGGGAACUCUAACUGAAGGAAGACCUGCUGUAUCAGCUGUUUCUUCAUUUGCUCACGAACAAUCUGAAAUACUUCAAAUUGCGGCUGCCGUGGAAAAAACAGCUUCACAUCCACUUGCAAAGGCCAUUAUAGCUAAAGCAGAGUCAUUGAAUUUGAAUAUUCCUAGUACAAGAGGGCAAUUAGUUGAACCAGGUUGUGGGACCUUAGCAGAAGUAGAUGGGCUCCUUGUGGCUGUUGGAAAAUUAAGUUGGGUGUUCGAGCGUUUCCAGCAGAGAACUAGCCUAUCUGAUAUAGAGAAACUCGAGCAGUCUGUGAUACACCAGUCAUCGGUGGAGUAUUCAUCUUCUGAACAUUCAAGAACGGUCGUUUAUGUUGGUAGGGAAGGCGAAGGCGUCAUCGGUGCUAUUGCAAUCUCUGACAAUUUGCGAUCUGAUGCUAAAUCUACUAUAACUCGGCUUCAGCAGAAGGGAAUUCAGACAGUCAUCUUGUCAGGGGACAGGGAAGAGGCAGUGGCAGCUAUAGCAAAAUCAGUCGGGGUCGAAGAUAAAUUUGUCAAUGGUUCUUUAACACCACAGCAGAAGUCUGGUGCUAUAUCGAGCCUUCAAGCAUCAGGCCAUCGUGUAGCUAUGGUUGGUGAUGGUAUCAACGAUGCUCCUUCUCUAGCUCUUGCUGAUGUUGGGAUUGCAUUGCAAAUUGAAGGACAAGAAAAUGCUGCAUCAAAUGCAGCAUCUAUCAUUCUCUUGGGAAAUAAGCUAUCACAGGUGGUAGAAGCUAUUGAUCUCGCAAGAGCAACAAUGAGCAAAGUACGUCAAAAUCUAACGUGGGCGGUUGGCUAUAACGCCGUUGCAAUUCCAAUGGCUGCCGGAGUUCUACUUCCCCAUUUCGAUUUUGCUAUGACACCUUCGAUUUCAGGGGGGAUGAUGGCGUUGAGCUCCGUCUUCGUCGUCACAAACUCACUGCUUCUGCAGUUUCAUGGCUUCCAAAAGAAGAAGGAAAAGAAUGGAAGAUCCAUACAUUCUCAAUCUCAGAAACAGGAAGAAAAGAGCUAACUAAACCAAGCAUCUCUCUCAAUAAAAGCUUUUCCAAUGUGAUUUAAUAUGUAGUUUGCUCAUAAUAUAUAAGAGUGAGAUCGAUGAUUCUUUUUUUUUUUUUCGAGAAUUCAGUUCGAUGUUAUAAAUAGUGUAUAAAAUAUCACAAAAUCUUGAACUGUGAAAUUAGGAGCGAGCAAAAUCGAACCGAAAUCGAAUAAUCGAACCGAACUGUUGAAACUUGGCCCAAUGGACCGAACUUCUCCGGCGGGCCCAAAUAAAAUGUUUCGGCUUAGUGCA